GAGCACCCGGGAGCGAGCCAGCACCCAUCGGAGCACCCGGGAGCAAGCCAGCACCCAUCGGAGUAUCUGGCAGCGAGGCGGCACCGAUCAGCACAGCUCGUCGUCUUCUUUGUGUGCAUGGGCUCCGCGGUUGCUCAUUUCCCUUGCAAGGCACUACCCAGCCCGUCGCCAGGAACCCCCCCAGCUGAUCAACAUGCCUCCUGCGUAAGGCACGAGGAUUGGCUCUCAGCCGUGCAUCAUGGCUGGUGCCCGUGGCAGUGCUUGCUGGCCUGGCUCCUUCUCUUUUGCAAUUAGCCUUGGUGGUGGCGUGCAUGCCUCAUGCGAUCAACCUUGCCAAUAAAAUGCAUGCCCAUCCCCACGGAGCUAGCCGACAUGAAGAAACAGAUCGAGUAUCUCCUCGCAAAAGGACUCAUCCGACCAUCCACUUCGCCAUACAGUGCCCCUGUACUCUUCACACCGAAAUCGGACGGAAGCCUGCGCAUGUGCAUCGAUUAUCGAGCUCUCAACAAGCAGACCAUCAGGAAAAAAUGCCCAAUUCCACGAAUCGAUGACCUGCUUGACCAUCUUCGGGGAGCUACGGUAUUUUCCAAACUGGAUCUGCGGUCCGGAUACUGGCAGAUACGAAUGGCGGACAAUUACAUCCACAAAACUGCCUUCCGGACUCGAUACGGGUCGUACGAGUAUCUAGUAAUGCCGUUCGGACUCACCAACGCACCGGCAACGUUCCAAGCUGAAAUGAACCAUAUUCUAUGCCCACUCUUGGACGAAUGCGUAGUGGUCUACGUGGACGACAUCCUCAUCUACUCCACCACUCGGGAACAACAUUUGAAGGAUCUGGAAGAAUUUCUUACCCUCUGCGAUCAACACCGCCUCAUCACCAAAGGCUCUAAGAAACAAGUUGUGUUUGACCAAAUGAAGACUUUCCUCAUGACACCACCCGUUCUUCGUAUCGCCAACCCCGAUCGCCCUUACGAACUAAUUACGGACGCCAGCGACAUCGCCGUUUGCGCGUUACUGUUACAGGAGUUUGGCGAAGGCCUGCAACCAAUCGCCUACGACUCUCGAGAACUCCAAGGCGCUGAACGGAAUUACCCAGUUCACGAUAAAGAAAUGCUCGCGAUUGUCAACGCCUUCAAGACCUGGCGCUGCUACCUAUCAGGUGCCGAUGCUACUCUUUGAAUAGACCACAAGUCCCUAUAGUUCCUA